AUGGUAAUCUUUGAACCCAUUUUCAAAUUGUUAAAGAAGGAUGUUGCCACAAAAUGGAUGGAGGAGUGCCAGAAAGCUUUCGACAAAAUCAAAGAGUAUCUAUCAAACCCGCCAGUGCUGGUUCCCCCGGAACCAUGGAAACCAUUUUUGCUCUAUUUGUCAGUCUUGGACAAUGCCUUCGGCUGCAUAUUGGGACAGCAUGACGAAACCAGGAGAAAGGAGCAGGCCAGCUACUACUUAAGCAAGAAGUUCACACCAUGCGAGGCCAAGUUCCCCCGCGGUCCACGGCGUUCCACCGCGGUCCACCUCGCGGUUCCAGGCAGGAAGCCUUGCGGUCCACCCCGCGGCCGCGCGCCUGGGCGCGCUGGUGACGCAUGUCCAAAGGCUAUCAAAGGACAAGAUUUAGCCGACCACCUCGCCGAGAAUCCAGUGGAUGGGGAUUACGAACCACUAACCACGUAUUUCCUCGAUGAAGAAGUACUAUUUGUUGGGGAAGAUAUUGCAGAGUUAUACCCUGGGUGGAGGAUGUUUUCCGAUGGAGCAACAAACUUAAAAGGAGUCGGGAUUGUUGCAGUCUUGAUUUCAGAAUCUAGACAACACUAUCCAGCAUCGGCGAAGAUAAGAUUCACUUGUACCAAUAAUAUGGCUAAAUACGAGGCAUGCAUCCUUGGAAUGAGAAUGGCAGUCGACAUGAACAUCAAAGAACUUUGGACAUAG